AUGCACAAGUACCGCCGCGAGGCGAAGUACGCCGCCUGGUACGAUGACCCAAACGACACUUCAAAUUUCAAGAUCAAGAAUCCCUUCUCCAAAUGGAGGCCAGACACAAGGCAGAACUCCAUGCGAACAAUGGAAGAUGGCGAGGCGCGAGAUCGUAGAAGAGGACAACAGCUGGUACAAGACUCAGAAGUCACAGAUGGAGACAAAGGCAAUGGUUCUCCUCUCAAAUCUACUCUGACAGACGAUCCAAACGACUACAGGCUUGGAACGCCUGUUGAUAGAAAGGGCCAACACCACCGCCAUGCCGAGACUGAACCAGGUGCAACUUCAGCUGCCAAACCCUAUCCUCCUGGUGACGAAAUCAGAAUUCCCCGCUCGAUGAGUCCCGACUUAUCAGAAAAGGAAAUCAGAGCACAUGAUGAUCCUCAACGUGCAGAAUCAAGCAGCGACACAUACAUAAACGGGAAUGCUGCUGAUUCUGGAAAUUCAAAUCCUCUCCGCAACCGCACUACCAAUUCCAAAACGGAGCCACAUGGUAUUAGAAGGUUCUUUACUAAAGAAUCAUCAGCAGACAGCGAUGACGACAAUGGGAAGAACAAGAAGAAAUUCACCGCCUGGAGUCAAAUCCACGCAACCCUGUUCAACUCGUGGAUCAACAUACUCUUGAUCGCGUCGCCGGUAGGCAUUGCAGUCUACUACGCGCACAUCGAUCCCGUUGCAGUGUUCGUCAUCAACUUCAUUGCGAUCAUCCCUCUGGCAGCGAUGCUAAGCUACGCCACGGAAGAGAUUGCACUUCGAGUUGGUGAAGUCAUGGGUGGUCUGCUCAACGCAUCUUUCGGUAAUGCUGUCGAACUGAUCGUUUCCAUCAUCGCGUUGGCAAAAGAUCAAGUUUUGAUUGUCCAGACUUCGCUUAUUGGCAGUAUGCUCUCCAAUCUGCUGCUGGUGAUGGGGAUGUGUUUCUUUUUUGGUGGAUUCAAUCGUAUGGAGCAAGCAUUCAAUCUGACAGUGGCUCAGACUGCUUCUAGUUUGUUGUUCUUGGCAGUAAGCAGUCUGAUCAUUCCCACGGCCUUCGAGGAAUGGGCGAGAACCUCGGACGGCAGCACCAGUAAUGAGGAUGCGACCACGGACAAACCUAAGCCUGGCGUUGCUGCUGUUAGCAGAGGCACCGCCAUCCUUCUGCUGAUCGUCUAUGGCUGUUAUCUCUUCUUUCAACUCAAAAGCCAUACAGCCAUCUACAACACCCCGGGUGAGAAGAACCGCAAGCGCUCGGUGGGCAAGAAAUUCAAGAAUGCUGUUCUUCCGGAGCGACUGCGAAAGAGAACGCUUGAGGAGAGAAACGCCGUUGUUGUGGAGGAAGAGAGCGAGGAGCCUGAAGAGCCUAACCUUUCCGUAUGGGUGGCAAUUGCCACUCUCGCUGCGUCCACCGUUCUGGUUGCACUGAAUGCUGAAUACUUGGUUGACUCAAUCAACGACAUCACAUGUGGAGGCGGCGUCAACAAAAACUUCGUUGGUUUGAUCCUUCUGCCCAUCGUCGGCAAUGCCGCCGAACACGCUACUGCCGUCACAGUAGCUGUCAAAGACAAGAUGGACCUGGCCAUUGGUGUCGCUGUUGGAUCAAGUCUGCAGAUCGCUCUGCUGGUGUUACCUUUUGUGGUGGUCCUCGGCUGGAUUAUCGGCAAGGACGAUAUGACGCUGUUUUUCGACGGCUUCCAGAUCGCAGUGUUGUUUGUGGCAGUUUUGCUUGUGAACUAUCUUAUUGCCGAUGGUAAAUCGCACUGGCUGGAGGGUGUUCUUUUGAUGAUUUUGUACGUUAUCAUUGCAGUGGCAGCAUGGUUCUACCCUAGUGCCAAAGGGCUCAAUAACUGCCCGGCGGAUACUUGA